AUGCCCACAGCCCUGUGUCCCCGAGUCUUGGCUCCGAAAGAAAGCGAGGAGCCCAGGAAAAUGAGGAGCCCACCAGGAGAGAACCCUAGCCCCCAGGGCGAGCUUCCCAGCCCCGAGUCCUCCCGCCGCCUCUUCCGCCGUUUUCGCUACCAGGAGGCGGCGGGCCCCCGGGAGGCCCUGCGCCGCCUCUGGGACCUGUGUCAGGGCUGGCUGAGGCCCGACAGACACACCAAGGAACAGAUCCUGGAGCGACUGGUGCUGGAGCAGUUCCUGGCCAUCCUGCCCCGUGAGAUCCAGGGCUGGGUGCGGGCCCAGGAGCCUGAGAGUGGUGAUCAGGCUGUGGCGGCCGUGGAGGCGCUGGAGCGGGAGCCUGGGCGGCCCUGGCAGUGGCUCAAGCACUGUGAAGACCCCGUGGUGAUUGAUGAUGGCGAAGGCCCUCCAGACCGAGAGCCGGAGCGGCUGCCGGCAGAAGCCCAGAGCGACCUUGCAAAGAGCCAGGACAGCCAGCCCACGGCCGUAGCACAGGGCCCUGGGCUCCCGAGCAGAACCCCAGGCCAGCCCGGUGGGGAUCCAGUUCUGCAAGAGCCUGCCCUUCUUCAGGAGGCAAGUCUGAGGGAUACACAGCAGGUAACCGCCCUGCAGCUGCCCCCGAACCGGGUUUCUCCUUUCAAGGAUAUGAUUUUCUGCUUCUCCCAAGAGGACUGGUCCCUUCUAGACCCUGCGCAGACGGGCUUCUAUGGAGAGUUCAUCAUCGGGGAGGACUGUGGGGUCUCGCUGCCUCCAAGUGACCCGGGCACCCAGCUGCAUCUCUCCCAGGGAGAGGAGAACGAGCCCCGGGUUCCAGAGUUGCAGGACCUGCAAGGGAAGGACGUGCCCCAGGUUUCUUACUUGGACUUCCCAGGUCUCCAGCCAUUCCAGGUGGAAGAGAGAAGGAAACGGGAUGAGCUGCAGGUGCCCGAGUUCCAGACCUGCCAGCAGACGGCACUCACCCAGAGUACCCGCCCAGCCGGAGGGGACGCGCUGACCCCCGAAAACGGCCUGGACGAGGAGGUGACCAUCGAGAUCGUCCUGUCCAGCUCCGGAGACGAGGACUCCCAGCUCAGCCCUUACUGCACUGAUGAGCCGCGGGGCCCCGCCGAGAAGCCGCGCAGCCUCCCCGCCUCCCACCGCAGCGGCGCAGAGCCCGGGGACGAGGUGCAGACGUCAUCCAAAAAGUCCUACAUCUGCCCCAACUGCGGGAAGAUCUUCCGCUGGAGGGUCAAUUUCAUCCGGCACCUGCGCAGCCGCAGGGAGCAGAAGCCGCACGAGUGCUCGGUGUGCGGGGAGCUGUUCAGCGACAGCGAGGACCUGGACGGGCACCUGGAGAGCCACGAGGCGCAGAAGCCCUACCGCUGCGGCGCCUGCGGGAAGAGCUUCCGCCUCAACUCGCACCUGCUGUCGCACAGGCGGAUACACCUGCCGACGGGUGGACUGGAGCCGGUGCCGAAGACCGAGCCGAACGCGGCGGGAGCCGUGGGCGGGGGCCCGGGCGGCCUGCUAUCCUUCCAGUGCUGCGACUGCGGGCGGGCGUUCCAGCGGCCGGAGCACCUGGCGCGGCACCGCAGCAGCGCGCACCUGCGGGGCACGGCGCAGCCCUUCCAGUGCCGCUACUGCGUCAAGAGCUUCUCUCAGAACUGCGACCUGCUUCGCCACCAGCGCCUGCACUUGAAGCGCCGCUCCAAGCAGGCCCUCAACUCCUACUGA